AUGCUGGCUGCCACCUUAAAUAACCAUGGUGGUUGUGCCUAUGUUUGUCUUAUUUAUGGAAUGUAUUACUGUUUUAAUACUGCUUCUUCAACCAAAGGGGAUCCACAAGGAGUGUUAAUUCAUGCUGUCGAACCCCUUGGUCACCAUACUAUUCCAGUUACUUCUCUUCACAACGAAAAAAAGAAAUUUCAUUACUACACUAAUGGUCCCGGCAAACUAUGUCGAGCAUUGAAUAUUGAUAUAAGUCUUAAUAAUACCAAUCUAACCACUAGUGGUUUAAUUUAA